UGGUUCCUGGAACUGCAAGCUCGAGACCUCGUGUUCCACCCUCGCCGGGGAUAGCUCGCGGCCCAUAAAAGACACGGCUGUUACGGUGUUCCCACCUGUCUCUUGCUUUACCUCCACGAAACACUCCCAGCAAGACCGCAAGCAUGUCGCUCGUAAAACUUCCCAGCGGCGUUGACAUUCUGACUCGACCGCGAUUCAGAGAAGCGGCGGGGACCCGGACGACCUUUAUCUUCCUCCACUACUGGGGCGGAUCGAGCAGGACGUGGAGUGAGGUGGUGGACCUCAUCAUGGCCAGAAACCCGUCUUUCGACUGCCUAUCGUUUGACGCGCGAGGCUGGGGCCAUUCGUCCAAGGACGCGAACUUGGAGCUUGAUCUCGAAAGCAUGGCGACAGAUGUCGGCAACCUCGUCAGUCACUUUGGCAUACAAUCCUACAUCCUCGUCGGACACUCCAUGGGCGGCAAGGUGGCAUUGCUCCAUGCUUCGCGCCAGGCAUCCCAGGCUCUCAAGGGAGUGGCCCUAGUGGCAUCAGCCACUCCGGGCCCGCAACCGAUGCCGGUCGAGGAAAACGAGAUGCUUUCGAAUCUUUAUGAUCAUCUGGAGCAAGCAGUGCCUUCGAUUCUGGAACGGUUGGUCCGAAUGCCGCUUACCGAAGAACAAAAGCAGCGAGUCACAGAGGACACGACCAGUGGCACCAGGCAUUCGUGGGAGGUUUGGCCACGGGUCAACAUGAAGCGCGACAUCAGAGGCUUGCAGGAAGGUGCUGGAGAAUGGACCAUCGACAAGCCUACGAUGAUCAUAGCGAGCCACGACGAUCCCAUUGACCCAGUCAAGAGCGCCGUCGAACACAUCGUCCCGCACCUCUCGGCACUAUCCUCACUGGUAGAGCUGCACGGACCUGGCCAUCUGCUACCUCUCGAGGCCUCAGACGAUAUUGCUGAGCAGCUAAUUGCGUUUGCUUCUUCUCUCGACUGCAAUUCUACAUCAAUGUAGACAACGGCCUGGCUCUCCCUUUGUCAGCGCCCUCGGCAAUCCGCUCAGCAUUUCCUCGAACACUUUACUCUUAGCCACCUGCACGUUCUUUCCUUACGCUAUGUCAGGGUUCCCUCCAUGCAUGUUCUAGCCCAGGCGGAGCUAAGAUACAGAAAGUGGAAGGCAGGCCAUUUUCAUUUCUCCAUGCGUGCGCAGAUGGCUUCCAUAAUCUUGUGAUUCGCCACGCAGCCGGCCUGCAGUAGUGGCUGGUCAGUACCCGCCAUGACAUAGCGC